CUCUCUCUCUUUCUCUUUCCUUCUCUCUCUGCAGCAUUAAUAAAUAUUCACCUUGGCUUCUUCCCUUGUUUGAUAAGGUUGCGUUACCCGUGGGAGCCGGAGGAGGUGUGUCUCCCCCCAACACACCCAACACACACAACACAUCCGCUAACACACUAUUUAAUUUAAUCAUAGACCUUUGUAUGCCCCCCCCCCUCCCCCCUGGGCCCUGUGGUGGGCCUGGGUAAUUGCAUGAAAUGAAAAUGUAUGUCGUUUUAAAGAGAGUGAUGAAGUACCCUAAUUUAUCAUCUGAGCAUGUUUUCCCUCUUAAAACGGACCUUUAUGUGGGCGCUAUUUUAUUUUUCUAAAGGUCCAUCUGGCAUUUUUUUUAGUACUCUUGCCAUGUGCAUGCCGCUGCCAGUGGACCCAUGAUGGCAUCCUUUCCUUGCAUUCUGCCUAACGAGCUCCAUAGCUGAGCAGCCUGAGUCAUGCUGAGUGAGUCAUUAAGGCUACACCCUCACCAGAUCACUUGCUCAUUCAUCCUUUCACUCCCCGCCCCAACCCUAUUCUUCUCAUCCACUCCUCUCAUUCAUUCACUCGCUCGUUCAUGCACUUGCUUCUGCCUCUCAGACUUACUCUACUUCCUCACUAACUCACUCAUUGCUUAUUGUCUACCCAUUGUGUGUAUCCACUCAUGCUGUCUGGUACACUUACUCUCACUGUAAAUUGCUCUUAUAUAGCCACCACCAAAUCCCCGUGCUCCCUCAGUUCAUCUUCGAUGGCACUGGCUGGAAGAGGAUGCCCAGUUAUUGUACUUUACCCUGUGGUGAGGAUGAGAGUAUGGAGGGGGUUUAAUCUUGUCAUAACAGAUAAGGCUUACUUCAGCCACUCGGCCUAAAUAUAGGCUGACGGGCACUUGUGCUAAUAUGUCUGCCCUUCAUCUAAGUUUGAUUCUCUGCUAAUGUAGAAACGGACAAUAUGCUCAUCGAAUUUCCCCUUCAGACCAUGCAGCGUAUUCCAAUCCAACACAAAUAGGUUUACUGCGUUGAAUGAGGUCUGCAUUGCGAUAUUUUGUCUGACAUCGUAUUUAAUCCCAGUCUAAGGUGACUUUAAAUCUUCCGUGUGUUAAAAUGACGUUAAUGAGCAGCAAUGAGCUGCACUGACACCACAAGACAGUAGGCUAUAUGGCCAAUGUCCAGGCCCGUAAACAUAAUUUAGCAAUGAAAUUGAACUCAUUUGUUUUUAAUGGCAUUAUCAAAGAGGGAUGUAAAUUAUGGCACAGGGGUGCAAUGAAGGCACUGUCUUCACAUGGGGAUGUUUAUGGGAGUAAGUUUAUUGCUGCCAUAGAAUGGAGAGAACACUAUAAAUACGUGUUUAUAAAUAGGGCAAGGUAGGUCACGGCUGGCAGGCUGCAGAGACGUCCUCUGACAAGCAGCUAAUACCACCUGAGAGGUUUAUGUCGCAAUGUGUGGCAGUAGUUGUUGACACAACAUGCAGUUUCAGAGAGAGAGAGAGAGAGAGAGAGAAAGAGAGAGUCUUGUAUAGGGCUGAGCUGGUUAACUAGUAGGCUAUACAGACGUCACACUAUGUAUGUAUGGCAGACCUAAAUGUGCCCAUUGAAGGUCAGUAUUGAUUGUGGAUUUAAACACUAUCCAUUUGCAGUCUCUAUGGAAAUUGUUGUCUUUUUUUCGAAGCCACUUUCAUUGUGCCACUAUUAAUAAUACAGUUAAGAUGUAAUGGCCUAGUUACAGUCUAAAUAACUUGUGCAGUCCAGCCAUCUCGGCUCUCAUACACUUUAUCUAAGUUAUAAAGUCAAAGACCCUACAAAUCCAUCUGUGAAGACUCUCUUUAGCGCAUUGUCACACAGCAAUCUGAAGUGCAUGCUAUUCCUUAAUGGGGACCAACAAACAAACACAAGGUGGAACUCCGCUAAGUGUUGUCAGUUUCUAAGCAACGCGGUUGCCUACACCUGCGUCAUUUCCUCUUCAGCGAAGGUCUCGGCAGCUGUCUCACUACAGCUCGAACUGCAAGCGGCAAGAGAUUCGCGGAGAUAAGCAGCAAGCAAUGCUGUCGACCUGAGCAACGGCGAAAAGUUACAAAUUGGCCAAAUGUUGGAUGUAUAUUUCUUCAGAAUAACUAUGUAAUGUUUUUCAUGCUCAUGAAGCUUUUCUCUUCGUUCUGCACUCUUUGAAAUCACUGCUUGACAUGCCGUUAGGCAUCCUGAUUACUCCAAGCUGUUCCCACCACACUUGUAAAGUUAACCGACGCGAGUUACCGAAGUAGGGUAAUUGAAGGCUCAAGGCUUGGCAUGUCAUGGAGGAUACAAAAAUGGUGCAUUUUUAUUCAACAAACUGGACUACGUGUGUUUUAGGCUUGCUGAAAUUCUAUCAAGAGCUGAUCUUACGUUGAUCUAUUAUUUUCUUCAUUUCCUUUUACGUUGUCUUUGUGCGUAUGGUGAUUUUACUUUGCGAUGGGAUUUUGAAAUUAUUGAGCUAUAUGAUCCUAAAGGCUGUCAUAUUUUCCAAAGAUGAACAAUGACUGAUGCCAUUGUGAAAUCACAAGACAGUCUCUUGGCAGUUUUGUUGGCAAUCAGAAAGGAACAUUCUCAAAAUUACUCCCAAAAGCUAAUUUACCGUCUAUGGAUUUCUGAUUGAGCUUUACAAUGAGCUCGGAUCUGGAGCACAUGUCUCUCAAGUCUACCGGGAACUCGGUGGGCUCGGGUGGCCGCGCACUGUCGGUAAACGUGAGAAAGCUUCACAACGCUCUCAACAUUCUUCUUAACGACUACGAACGGGAACAGUUCAUUCACUGUUUGAACGUGUACCACGCUAAACGAAAUGUUUUCGACUUGGUUCAGACACUCAAAGUUAUCCUAAACACACCUCACAAACGGCAACUGCUACCAAUGUUACGUAUGGUUAUUCCGCGUUCUGACCAACUGUUGUUUGACCAGUACACUUCCGAAGGUCUGUACUUAAAAUCGGAUUUGCUUUCUGCCACCGGCAAUCCUGACAGCUCGGAAGAAAUAAGCAAUACAACCCACGUCCGAGUGCCUUCUGCGCACUGUCCAUAUCCGCCCGAGCUGCCGAUUCCCAGCCACGCGGCUCUGAGAUCGUCCCCGGCUGAUUUCAGCACCACCGCGGACGGGACAGUUCCCAACGUCUCCAAUAUGGGGAGACUGUACCUGCCCGAACUGGCAUCCGAGAUUCGCCAGGUUACCCUGAAACGCAGCAUGAGUAACGAGGGCUUGGGUUUCAGCAUCCGCGGAGGGUCAGAGCACGGUGUCGGAAUCUAUGUUUCCUUGGUGGAACCUGGAUCCUUUGCCGAACAGGAGGGACUGAGGAUUGGCGACCAGAUACUGACAGUCAAUGACAUGGUAUUCGACAGAGUUACGCAUGGAGAUGCUGUCAAGGUUCUGAAGGGUUGUAAGAAGCUGGCCAUGGCCGUGUGCUCAAUGGGACGCAUCCCCGGGGGAUACGUGACCAAUCACGUGUACACGUGGGUGGACCCCCAGGGCCGCAGCGUCUCCCCCCCCCCGCGGGAGUUCCAGGAGCCCCCCGGGGCCCCGGGGAGACGGGGGCCAACACAGCUGCCCCAGCAGCCCGCAGACAAGAGGGUGACUGUGAACAUGGAGGACGGGCGGCCCCUGGGCCUGAUGAUCCGCGGCGGGGCCGAGUACGGCCUGGGCAUCUACAUCACCGGGGUGGACAGGGGCUCCGCCGCAGAGUACGCUGGCCUCAAGGUGGGGGAUCAGGUCCUGGAGGUGAACGGCCGUUGUUUUCACACCGUCCCUCACGACGAGGCCGUGCUCAUCCUGCGCAGCGCCCAGCAGCUGCAGGUGUGUGCCAGGGAGGUGGGCCGCCUGCCCCACGCCCGCACCAUCGUGGACGAGACGCGCUGGAUCCCCAGCGGGCAGAUCGCCGAGACCUCCGCCGGCUUCGGCCUCAGCAGGCCUGGGGUCCCAGUGGACAGUGGAGUGUUGACCCCAGGAAAGCCAGGUCUGGGACAGCUGCACUCUUCCCUGGAGGAGCAAACCCUGCUGCUGCUGACGGAGCCGGAGAGGCAGACCAUGGCCUACUACGUCCAGGAGUACCGCGAGGGCCACAUCGCUGUGGAGGCUCUUGCCAUGGCCCUGUUUGAGCUCUUCAACACGCACGCCAAGUUCACCCUGCUGCCGGAGUUGCGGGGCCUGCUGGCUCCUCAGGAUGUGGAGCGCUUUGACAUGCUGGUGCUGCGGCGUGAGAUGGACAUGUGGAACGCCCGGCACGCAGUGAUGAUGGCACUGCCCCAGCCAGAGCCCGCCUGCCCACCCAUCCACCCACAGCUGCGCCAGCCAGAGCCCACAUGCCCACCCAUCCACCCGCAGCACCACACCCUCGCUGGCUGUUACGUCAAGAGCGAGUCUAAAGGGGAGGGUGGUCUGUCCCGAGCGGCCCAUGAGAUGUUUAAUAGCCUACCUGACAUCGCGCUGGACGAAGUCCCCUCAUCCUCUGACUCGCCGCCCCCCUACAAGCCCUCCCCCCCCCCCAAGCACGCCAGUCCCAAGGGCCGCUCCAAGCGCCCGUCCUCGUCCUCCAAGCUCUCGCAGCUCUUCUGCGCCCCGCACCGGAUGCAGCGCGACAGCCACAGCGCUCACAGCCACAGCUCUCCCCUCACCAUCUCCAUUUCCCCCGGCCCCAGCAGGGAGGGGCCUAGCAGGGAGGGGCCCAGUGUCCACUUCUGCCUGGGGGCCGCGAGGCAGCAACAGCAGCAGCAGCAGCAGGGGGCCAGUCUGUCUCCGCACAGCCAGUCGCCCGUCCUGCCCAGGAUCCUGGAGAGGCCAGAGGUCAGGGGUCAGGGGUCAGGGUGGGUUCAGGGGUCAGGGGGGGGUCAGGGUUCAGGGUGGCCCCCCUGCUCGUCGCCGGUGGCCUCCUGCAGCACACAGACGGACAGGCUGCACCCAGAGCCGGACGGAGGGGAGGACAGAGCGCUGUCCCAGGCCAGAGGUGAGGGCCACGGGCACACUUGUGGGUGCACAUGCAUAUAUUAUAUAUACACCUGCAUGACUCUGCUUCUCUGUCUGUGUGUUAUAGCAGGAGCCACCCUGUCCCAGCUCUCUGACAGUGGCCAGACCCUGAGUGAGGACAGUGGGGUGGACAUCCCUGAGUCGGGGGGCCUGAGCAAGGACAGCAGCCCCCGCCCCGGCAAACCCCCAUCCCAGCCCUCAGCGGAGCCUCCUGGAGCCCAGCCCUCCCCAACAACAACCACAAUGGCAGAGCCAUCUUUGGUACGGGUGAAAAAGAAUGCCAGCACGCUGGGUAUAGCUAUCGAAGGGGGUGCCAACACUAGACAACCCAUGCCGCGCAUCGUUACAAUCCAGAAGGGUGGCUCGGCACACAACAGUGGCCAGCUGAAGGUGGGUCAGGUGAUCCUGGAGGUGAACGGCGUGUCGCUGCGGGGUAUGGAGCACCGCAGCGCGGCCCGACUCAUCGCCGAGGCCUUCAAGACCAAAGAGAGGGACCACAUUGACUUCCUGGUCACUGAGUUUAACCACGCCCUCUAGCAGCGGAGAGCACUACUGACAGACAGCACUGGGAGACUGGGAGAGAAAGAAGGAAUUCCUUAAACGUAAGGAAUUAUGGGAUAUCAGCCAUUGCCAAGAAUACCAAGAAUGCCAAGAAUAGGGGGCGACAGUGGUACAGGAAGUAAAUAAGUCGUUUAGUAAUCAGAAGGUUGCUAGUUC